AGCGGACCGACGAUGAAAAUAAAUACGCCUAAUUUAGGUUCUCAGGAAAUCGGGUCUAUUGCCUGGUCGCUGGUGAAAAUGGAGAAAUUCCACUUGGCAAAAAGUUGGUGCGAGGUUGUCUUUUUCCAGCAAUCAACAUCUGCGACAGGACUACAACCUUCUACCAUGAUGUUGACAACAACCAGUCUGAACGCCCGCGCAGUGGCAAACUUGGUUUGGGUUUAUGCGACCGCCACGCCUAAAAAUUUGUCGACGACGAGCACGAACAGGGCCGGCAGCAAAAGUUUCAGUUGUGAGCACCAGAACUACGAGCCAGUAGUAAAAGACCAGAAAACUACGACCACUGCUACUGCAACUUCGUACGAGACUUUUUUGAAAGUUCAGUUAAAUCAGCAACCGAUUGUGCAGCAAUUUUUGCAGGAUGAGGCGGCCUUGUCGCAGUUUCUCUAUUCUACCGCGAAGCUCAUGAACGAUUUCGGGGAAUUUAGCAGCAGAACUUUAAAAAACCGACAGCUGUUGAGGGAGACAAGAUUGCUGAAAGAGGUUGCAAACGCGCUGGCAGGUAAACGGCAAAGCGGACAUUAUCCAAAUUGCAACUCAACAAUAAAAUCUAAUUCCAGCCCUUGCGCCAAUCAACAUUUUCUACGCAUCAAGAAACCACAACACUUGGCGAACCUUUCGUGGGCGUUGUGCGUCAUCGGCGGAAUGGACCAGCUUUUGGUGGAACUGUUAGACCCGCGUAGUUUACCUCGUGGUGAUGGUACUGCAAUUAUCCCACACGGGAUGAACUACUACGGCAAUCAAGAAGAAAAACACAGGAGGAGCGCGUUACACGCAGUAACAGACCCCCGCCACAUCAGCGCUUUGUGGUACGUCUGCAAACGGGCGACGGUGGUGAGAAAAGAUUUGUUGGAGUUGCUGAUUCAGAAAACCACGAGGACCUCCGCGGAGUCGAUAGAGAGGAAUGCGAAGAUGUCAUAUGAACAAAUGAAGACCUCCUCUCUGUUGCUCUCGGACCAAGACAUUCUCUUGCGACUUUUCGCGUUGCAGGCAAUCGCCCGGUGUUGCUCUGUUGAGUUGGAAGGAGGCGGGGUCGUGGUGUCCUCGGAUAGCAACGAGCUCAGUGCAGUGCAGCAGAAUGAGAAGAAGCUUCUUGUGCGAAAAUUUGUGUUGGAGAUGGUUGAAAGCCUGCUUCUUGUGGCAACUUCAUCUACUUCCGGACCGGCCUCAGCUGUCACAACUUUACCUGAAAAGGAACAAACGCGCAAGAAGCAACACCCGGCGACCAAGUCUUGUCUCCAUGCCGACGAUCUCGGCGGCCCCGUCGCGAUGGUGCUGGUAACUCUGGCGGCGAUGGAUAAAAGCGGAGAAAUUCGGAAGCUGUUGCAGGAACACCCGGCCCUGCUGCAGACCGUGUUCCGACAGCUGUUUUCGAGUUUUGUCGUUUCCCCGCUACAGGACGAAAUCGGAGCACUCGCUACUCCAGAAGAGGAAAUAAGAACUGAGGUGCUUUUGAAGAAUGGCAAGACGAAGAGUUGUUCCAAUCAUCUCCGCGUUUCCAACGAGGAAGCCUCGCAUUCCCUGCACCAAGCGUACCGGGCGUACCUGGCCUGCAGCGUGCUGUAUCCCGAAUUAAUCGCGGGGGUGGACGAGGAAGCCGAACUCGGUGCCUACAGUCAAGUAGGAAACAGAGAGAACAAGAAAGCAGCUCCUGUGCCGAAGAUUCCGUCCUCCUUGCCGCAAAACCCUUCUCCAAAAUCCAGCACGACGCACGACUUGUUGCGGCGGAAAAUCCAGGAGCUCGGUCAAGUUAGUUGUAGGGGAAAAAAAUCUUCUUCUUUUGAAAUCAACCGCAUCGAGAACGAAGUGCCGCUCUUUCAACAACAGCGGAAAGCCGUCCUGCAAAAAGAUGUUGAUAAUCGCUCUGCAGGAGAAAGAAAAUCUUCUUCAUUGUCGAAUCUGGAAAUAAAGAACAACCGUGUAGUGAUUCAACCCGAGUUUUUCGUCGACUUAGUGGUGAACGGAAAGCUGUGUAUCGAAGUCAAUGGCCCAGAGCACUACUUUUCUCUUCUGGAUAGUUGUCCUUCUUCUACUAUGCCAACAACUUCUACCACCCGGCGGCUUCAAAUCGGGGAGAACUGUCUGAAGCGAAAAAUCGCGGAGAAACUUGGGUAUGCCUAUCUAGAAUUCGACGCUGUGAAAGAGUUAGAUGUGAAGUUGAAAGCGACUGACUGCUUGCAGUGGCUGGAAGAAAAGUUGAAAGCGAAAUGGAUUUAGUAGAUAACGCGAGUCACUUCACUUUACUCGAAGUAAAGAGGUGAUAGCAGAACCGAAAAUUAUCCUAGAACAGCUGCGAUUGCACGACAGCAGGAGAUGGAAG